AUGCUUGGCAUGAGACUCUGGAGCGAUGUGCAAGAUGCUUUUACUGGGAAAAACGUAUUUGUCCUUCUGUCAAAAGUAAAUGCAUACAAGUUGUUUUACUUUGACAUUAAUAAAAUUGGUCCUGACAUAGAACUGGAGAGUCAGUCUAUUAACGCAUUUAUGGCUGUCAUCGUGAAGGAUUACAACAGCCAGAACACAGGACAGGCUGCCUUCAUAGACUCAUUUGCGAUGACAGCAAUGUGGCAGGGAAAAAGUCCUAGAUUAAAAAAGAUGAACCCAAUGAAUUAUGAAAUAAUUCUGGGAAUCAACAAUCAACACCACCACUGGACUUUAGUGUUUGCAGAAAAAAUCCUAUCAAAGGAGGUUGUGGAUUUUCCUGUUUCCAAUGAGGCGGUCUACAGCAUGAGGUUGGAAAUUGCUAUCCAGUGUGACUUGUGCCUGAGGUGGUUCCAUCAGGCAUGUGUGGGAAGCCCACCAACUGAAAAAACUUAUCACUGCUUUGCGUGUUUGCCUUAG